AUGAGUGCCAUCGAAAAGAGAUCAAAGAACCAAGUCGAUGGGCUGCGGGAAGGAGUGAAGAACAUGUCUGUCGAUAUGAGAUUGUUCUCCCUUACCAUGAGGUCUCUUUACGCAGAAAAAGCGGUGGGCACUGACGAAGAAGUUGCCAAACAGUUCAGAAAACUCCGCGACGACACCAGGAAUGAUGCCAUGGUGUACAUUGAGGGCAUCCUUCCUCUGACAACCGAGUUUGUCACAUCCAUCAGCACAUACUUUGAAUACUAUGAGGCUCUGACGUUUGAUGAGUGGUGUGAAAAUAUUUCCAUGAUCCGCAAGGAGGUUGCUGAGUACAAGAAGCUCUGUCACACAAUGUUGAAAAUGCAUGAAGAGAUUUUGGUGCCCCUGAAGAAGAGAAGAGACCAGGCCGGUAUUUUAUUGAAGAAAAUGACGCUCCUUGUGGCAGAAUUUGAGAAGAAGAAAGAAGCGCUGGCAAAAAAGGGAGGUACUAAACGUGUUUGGGCGACGGCACUCGGCUUCAUCCCGGUCAUUGGUAUGGUUGCCAGUCCCAUUUUAAGCGCCUGUGGUGAUAAAGAUUUGGCAGAAGCCACCGCUGCUGGAGAGCAAGCCAAGAUCGAAGAAGCAGCCGCCUUGGCAGUGAAGGAAGUUCUCAUCCCCGCUUUUGAAGCCUUCAUCGGUGGAAUCUCUAAAGCAGCCGGCUUCUUCUCUGUUAUGGAACACGAAUUGCAAAAGUUUGAAAACAACGCCAAGAGGAGCGAGGACGACCCACAGUUUAUCUUCUUCAAGAUAAUGAAGGUGGAAGCCAAGGAUAUUAAAUCUGUCUGCCAAGUGUUCUAUGCAGCCUUACCAGAUGUCAAGACCGACUUCGAAGCCAUGCCAACAGAGGGCACAGACCGCAACUACGUGGACGAGUGGUUGGGAAAACAGAAAAAGAUGAUCGAAGAAGAAUGUAAGGGUAAGCUUGCCAAAAAUAUGCUGUCAGCCAUUGCAGAUGCAGUCGAAAAAAAAUGA